GCCAUUAUUGCCCAUGGCCAGCCAGGCGGCGAACCCGAAUAGCACCUCAGCAAACAAUAAUGGCACGGCGACGGAAACCAUCACGGCGGGCAACCUCACGGUCAAGAUCUUUGUGGAUGCUAACCCGGACCAGGCAGUGCUGGACUCGAUGAAGAUUUACUACACGUUCUUCGUGGUGGCGUUCGUUCUCUUUGACGUGGUCCAGCGCCGACUCAAGUCCCAUUUCGCAUGUCGCGCCGUGCACGCCGACACGUCGUGCCCUACAGCGGCCAAGUCGUACGGGAUCUUCGGGUGGGCUCCCGCGGUGUGGCGCACCACGGACGAUGACCUUGUUACACACUGCGGCCUGGACGCGCUGUGCUUUUUGCGGCUGCUGCGCCUCGGUCGAAACAUCUCGAUGGGGUCCAUGGCCAUCUCGUGCGUCCUCAUUCCAGUGUACGCCACCGCGUUGAAUCCUCUCACUGACGAGUCCACGGACUGGAUCACGCGCAUGGCAAUGGCCAACAUGAACGUCGCUUUAGACCCGAAUCGGCUGUGGGCGUCCGCGGCCGCCGGCGUCGCCAUCACAUUCUGGACCAUGUUCUUGCUCUUGCAAGAGUGGAAGGUCUAUCUCGUCCGGCGGCAUGCGUUUCUUGGUCAAAAUACGCUGCAGCAACACACGGUGGUGGUCAACGACCUCCCGGCCAACCUGUGCACGCCCGACCUCCUCGACACGUACCUCCACGCGUUGUUUCCGCACCAAGUGCAAGCCAUUCACAUUGCGCUCGAGUGCAAAUACCUCGAAGCCAAAGUCACAAAGCGGCUCGAGACAUUGCACUUGUUGGAGCGGGCGCUGGUUGUGGCUGCCAAAUGUGAUAAAAAUCCGUACCUUCGUCGCUCCAAAGCCAAAACAUCGACGGGCAACGUCGUGGACGCGAUCCCGCACUACACGGCCGAGCUCACCCGACUAAACGACGAAAUCCGCACUGACAUUGCGGUGUUGCGUGCCCAAGAAGCCACCGCGGACGACGACAACUUGGCCCCUGCAAAACUCCAAGCGCUUAAAGUGUUUCGCCCCACUGCCCUCGUGACCUUUCGGUCACACCAAGCCACACAAAGUGCUCUACAGAUGCUCCAGACCAGCAACCCCGUCGAGUGCAGCAUCCUCCCCGCGCCCCAUCCGUCCGACAUGAUCUGGACCAACCUCGGCCGGACACUGCACGUUCGCAACUCAAAGCAACUCGUCGCGACUGUCGUGACCGCCGCCGUGAUCGUGCUGUGGUCCAUCCCGACGUUGUUUAUCACGUCGCUGGCCAACGUUGAGCAGUGGCAAGAGGAUGUGCCCCGAAUCCGAGAGCUGCUCACGACGUACCCGAGUCUGGUACCGCUGUUCAAGCAACUGUCUCCGCUCGGUCUCGUGUUGUUGAGUCUCUUGGCCCCGACUGUGUUUGCCUUUAUCAGCAACUUUGAAGGCCAUGCAUCGAAAUCGGAAACCGAGUCGGCUGUGUUCACUAAACUCCUCGUGUUCCAGUUCUACCAGACGUUUGUCGUAGCGCUGUUUGGCGGGUCGCUCACCGAGUCUCUCCCCGAGAUGGUCGAAAAGCCCGUCCUCGCCGUCUACUUGCUGUCCCAGGCUGUGCCCCGCCAAGCCAGCUUGUACAUGAGCUACCUUAUCAUUCAAACGGGGCUGUCCCUGAUUGUCAAGUUGUAUCGGAUGGUAGCGAUUGCACGUGGCCUCAUAUACCACCUCGGUGCGCCAAAGCUAACCCCCCGGGAGCGGCGGUCGCCAUGGUGGGGGCUCACGCCGUCCUCUGUGGCCGAGCCCUGCGACCAAAGCGCGCAGCUGCCCAUCUACGUCGUGGGCAUCCUGCUCGUGCUCGUGUUUUGCCCCAUCACGCCCCUGCUGAGCUGGUUUGGCUUGGUGCUGUUCGUGUCGGCGGACCUGGUGUACCGCCGCCUGUUUUUGUUUGUGUUUACGCCGGCGCAUUUCACCACGGGUGUGUACUGGCCCAAAAUGUAUGCGUUUAUCGUGCGCGCCAUGUACGUGGCUCAGGUCGUGCUCAUUGGGAUGCUGUGGCUGCGGGUGCAAGUUGCCAGCGAUGCCAAAGUCCCUAUGAAUACGGACAAACGAGCCGUCCACAACGCAUACUUGUAUGCGCUCAUGCCCACGAUCGUCGCCACCGCCUUGCCAGUAAUGACGUUGAUCAUGGACACCCACAUCCAAGCGCUGUACCCACGAGGGGCAAUGUACCUUCCCCUCGUCCAAUGCGUUAAAUUGGACUCGACCGUUGGAGGAGGCCAAUCUCGACGGACACUUCUCAACCAACGACCCACGACCAACGAAGUAGCGUACCUCCAGCCGGCUCUGCUAGAGGCCGAUCCGUUAGAGCCCGACGUUGACGACAUGAACCGGGGGUUCGUCGGUGCGGGGGCGUACGUAGAACUCAAGGACGUCGAUGCCUAAGUCGAUAUAGUUUGUAUUACGAGCGUGUCCAUAGUAAACAGCCGAGAUUCAUUCGCGAAGGUGCACGAACAACAACCAAUAUGCCAGAGCUAACGUAAGUUAUAUCUCUC